AUGAGGAUGUUGCCUUUCAUCGGCGUGGACGCCGAGAACGACUAUUGGAGGUCUGAGACGAUCGCCUCGGAAUCCAGUGAUACUUCGGACUCGGUCGACCCAGUGGUGACUUUGACCAAGACUCCGGAUACAAAUGUCAGAAGAAUCAUCCCUGGAGCGAUUUUGGACGGACAAGAUCCUGGGCUUUCCGUGAGCGGUGCAACGAGCGAGCCGCCACCGAGUAUGGAAACUGCAAGUGUAUCGGGAGACUCUGAAGGCGCGAACCCCACAGGAACAGAAAACAGCUGGGAUACGACGACGAGUGAAUCGAAUUUUGCAACUGCUUUCACAGAGCCGCCUUUGAGUACAAUGACCACAACCUCAAUUCCAAGCUCGACAUCAUCCUCAAUCGUGGCGGCAUCAACAUCGACGUCAACGUCAGCGUCAACGUCAACAACAUCAACCCUAAUCUCGACCUCCACAACCACCCAAUAUCCGACCCAAACACCAACAAGCGAUCCAAGCGCAUACUCAGGCGGACCAUCAAAAACAACCCAAAUCGCAAUCGCAGUCCCAGUCUCAAUAGUCGGGCUCGCCCUCAUCCUAGCCCUAAUCUUCUUCCUCCUUCGUCGCCGCCGCAGGGAACGCACCUCUCUACCUCCACCGUACCACGUAGCAACCAGUCAGACAACCGCCGUCUCAACGCAAGAACUAAUGAUCCCCAAGCCUCAAGAAACAAGAUCUCUUCCACCCAUGGCCGUACCAAUGCCACUCGUAUCGCCGACUCUUCCAAGAAGUCCGAGCGCAGGCGAACUAUCAAUGCAACAUUCGCAGGAUGGCCGUGGCUCGCACGCGGAGCUCGGGACCGCGAUUGCGGUUCCUGUGAAUCGGCAUAGCGUUGGCGAGGAGGUUAGGGGGUCGAGGCAGUUGGCACGCAUGCCUUUUGAAGACUUUGAGGAUGAUGAGGUUGGGGUUGGGCCUGCUCGUGUUGAUGAUGAUGAUGUUUCCGAUGUUUCAGACAGGGAGAGGAGAGGGUCAAGGAGGAGGAAUUUCGAUGAAGUUUCUGAUUUGUCGUUCAAUGAGGUUUCGCCGAUUUCGCCGAGCUCGCCGGAGCAAAGACGGUUUCCAUGA